AUGACUUUACUGCAGAAGAGUAAUAAGUACAUUCACAUGCUGACUUCAAAUAAUGAUUAUACCUUGCGAAUCGAAUUGGAAAACUUUGCGAAUGAAAUGAGAUACGCAGAAUACGAUUCGUUCCAAAUAUCGGAUGAACUGUCUAAUUACCAAUUGACAGUCGAAGGUUACAGCGGCAAUGCAGGUGACAGUUUAAGCUUCCAUAACGGCAUGCCAUUCAGUACCAAAGACCGAGACAAUGAUCCUUCUUCCGAUAUGUGUGCAGUUACUUACUCUGGCGCCUGGUGGUAA